CUUCAACUUGAUUCCAACCACCACGGAGCCGCAUUGGGUGGCCACCGACAUUGCAUCGUACACCUCUCGCUUGUUACUCUCACUCCUUCCGCAUCAUUAGCAGGCCCUUGAUAUCAGUGGCAAAAUGGCGAGCCCAACGAAGAAAUCUCAGGCCGAACUGGCCGCUCCCUCCGGCGCGCGGGAGUACAGGUAUACGCAGGAGAUAUCCCAGAUGAUGUUCGUAUUCGGCGAGGUGCAGGACCCCAACCCAGAGACGGUGAAUCUGGUCGAGGACAUCGUUCGGGGCCAGAUUGUCGAGCUUCUUGUACAAGCGCGCUCGCAAUCCUUGAAACGGGGCGCCCGCAGUAUAACCGCAGAAGACCUGAUUUUCUUCAUCCGGCACGACCGUGCUAGGGUGAAUCGACUGCUGCAAUACCUCUCAUGGAAAGACGUGCGAAAGCACGCCAAGGACCAAAACGACGGAACCGGGCUGGAGCCUGGAGACAGCAUUGAAGAGGAAGGGGAGGAGUCAAAGACGAAAGCACAGAAGAUCACCAUCAAGCUACCCUGGGAGGUCACCACUGUCUUCUCCGAGGUCCUCCGGAACGACAAGAAUCGCGCGGGGUACCAGUCCGACGAGGAAGAGGACGAGGACGAUAUUGAGGCCUAUGAAGCUAGUGUUGCGCGGCUGAGGGAAGCAGACGAAGUCACUCGACAAAUGACCCGCGACGAGUACGCUCAUUAUACCGAAUGUCGACAAGCGUCGUUCACAUACCGAAAGGCCAAGCGCUUCCGCGACUUCUUGAACUUGCCACCAAGUCUCGAUCUCAAGACUGGGGAUGAUACCAUCGACAUUGUCGGUUUCCUAGCCUUUGAGAUGGUCCGGUCCUUGACGCUAGCAGGUCUCGCCGUAAAGAAAGCACUGGAAGAGGCUUACCUCCGCGAAGAUUUUUCCUCCUCGCCCAUCCUCGGCAAGCGGAAGGCCAACAGCAAUAUUGGCCCAGAGGCAAAGCGAAUGCGAGAGGACUCACCCGAGGACGAUGCACCGCUGCCAGUCAACGCCCUCUUCCUGCCACCUCCCGAGGCGCGCACAGCCCUCGCACCGGAACACAUUCAGGACGCGUUCUCUCGCAUGCAAACUGACUGGUCGCAUCGGAGGUUCGCCGGGAUGAAGAAUUUCCGUGGCGGGCUUGUGCGCACCCGUGUCUCUCUCAUCUGAUUACCCAUGUCUUCGUCAUUCGAUAGUCUCCUCACUCGCCCGCCUCCCCAUCUGACGGCCUUCUCGCACAACAUUUACCCGAUUUUUCUGCACACAGGGCAAUGUCUCGUUCCUUGCAUUAUCAGCUAUCAUGUUAUCUUGCCACAAUUGUAUUUCAGGGCUCGCUUUGCUCAUUAUCCACGUCCUUGGCCUCCCGACGACCACGGAAUGUCUCUCAACUGUCGUUGCCUGGGCCAUGUCUCUCCUCGUCGGCCUUUCCUUGUUUGUCCAAUGUCUUAUACUCCCAUCGAGCCCUUCGAUACCGGAGCCUGCUCGGGUUGCGUCCGUGGCACCCAGUGGGUUGCUUCCGAGGUCCUUGAAACGCCGGGAGCGAUUUGCGUUGGGCAUUCCGAGACGACGAGAAUCAAGACGAAAAUGGCAUUCAAGAUGGGGAAAAUGUUAUGGAG